AUCCAUUCGUCUCUGUGAAUCCACCGAGAAGAGAAAAUGCCUGAACCUGCCAAGUCCGCGCCCAAGAAGGGCUCCAAGAAAGCCGUGACCAAGACUGCCGGCAAAGGAGGCAAGAAGAAGAGGAAGACCAGGAAGGAGAGCUACGCCAUCUACGUGUACAAGGUGCUGAAGCAGGUGCACCCGGACACCGGUAUCUCCUCCAAGGCCAUGAGCAUCAUGAACUCGUUCGUCAACGACAUCUUCGAGCGCAUCGCGUCCGAGGCGUCCCGCCUGGCCCACUAUAACAAGAGGUCCACCAUCACGUCCAGGGAGAUCCAGACCGCGGUCCGCCUGCUGCUACCCGGAGAGCUGGCCAAGCACGCCGUGUCCGAGGGCACCAAGGCCGUCACCAAGUACACCAGCUCCAAGUAAACCACUGCUGCAGGGACUCAAACCAACGGCUCUUUUAAGAGCCACCCACCUUUAACUAAAGAGAUAAUUCCUCAUUGUUUUAACUGAUUCAUGCUGAAUAAACUGUAGCAAUGACUCGACAUAUUGUUCUUUCAAUAUAAUUUCUCUAUAACACAGUCUGUAGCGGAGUUUGUGAAAUUAAAAAUUUCUGUAAAUAUUAAAUUUGACCAUCUAUGGGGCCUAAUGAAUCAGUAAAAUAUAUAAAGAUGUUUUGCUUAUCCCUG